ACUUCCUUUCCUCCAUUAGGUGAGUGCGUGGUGGCAGCUCCUUCUCCGACACUCGUCCACAAAUUGGAAUAAUAAAAGCGUUUCUGAUCUACUUGCCUUGAUUUAGCACUCUAACAGAUAUCGUAUUUGUUGCUUUACAGAUCGCAACCAUGGGCCGCCGUCCAGCCCGGUGUUACAGAUACUGCAAGAACAAGCCAUACCCCAAGUCCCGUUUCUGUAGGGGUGUCCCCGACCCUAAGAUCAGAAUCUUUGACUUGGGCAGGAAGAAGGCCAAGGUCGAUGAGUUCCCUCUGUGUGGGCACAUGGUCUCUGACGAGUACGAGCAGCUGUCCUCAGAAGCUCUGGAGGCCGCUCGUAUCUGCGCCAACAAGUACAUGGUGAAGACCUGUGGUAAGGAUGGGUUCCACAUCCGCGUACGACUCCACCCCUUCCACGUCAUCCGCAUCAACAAAAUGUUGUCCUGUGCUGGAGCUGAUAGGCUCCAGACCGGGAUGCGUGGUGCCUUCGGGAAGCCCCUGGGGACCGUGGCUCGCGUGCGCAUCGGACAGGUCAUCAUGUCUGUGCGCACCAAGGCCAACAACAAGGAACAUGUGGUUGAAGCUCUCCGCAGAGCCAAGUUCAAGUUCCCUGGCCGCCAGAAGAUUCACAUCUCCAAGAAGUACGGCUUCACCAAGUUCAACGCGACAGACUUCGAUCAGAUGAUGGCUGAGAAGCGUCUGAUCUCUGACGGCUGUGGAGUGAAGUACAUCCCCAGCCGAGGGCCUCUGACCCGGUGGAAGGCCCUGCACGCCAACUAGAGCUGCUGCUGGCUCUGAGGCCGCAUUACCAACCUAUUAAAGUGGCUUUGAUAACAACCUA